AGGCGAAUCACAGGAUGGUCUGCCGGUUGAAUUGACCCGGGUCAAUGUUGUGCUGCUACUAGGAAUUUAUUGAUCGAAUUAGCAAUUUAAUGGAAUACCCAUUACAUUCGAAAUGCAAAUUAUCUUGAUUUCGAUUGUCAUCUCAUGACAGCAUUUUGGUUUAGGCUUAUAUAACACGACUUGAUUAGUCUCAAUUGUGCACUUCAAUUAUUUCGUUGAGAAUUUGUAUAGUAGUUUGUAUCGGUCUAAUUUGAAAUAGAGUAGUUUGGAUCUGAUGGGAUUGUAUGAAGGAGAGGUUAAACAGGAGAAUUGGAUAGACAGAUAAGUGUUGUAACGCGACUGGGGGAGUUGUCUUGGCUGUUUUAAGUAAACAUACUGGGACUACUAAAUAUAAGAGAUCGAGCAUUCUAAACUGUUUUGCACAUACAUGAAGAUUCAUCACAGGGUACAGUAAUACCCACAAUAUUAUUGAUGCAGGAGCACCGAUAGUAUAAUGUGGUGUGUUAGUUCAACAGCAAGGGUUGUUGGGUAUUGGUAGGAAGGAGAAUUGUCUGUAUGUUUUGAUUUGGGUACUGACUAGAUUCUGCUUUUUGAGUUUAAAAUUGAAUUGGGGAGAUUGAGCAGGUUAAAUUUUGGAUUGAAACGAUUACUUUAUUGCUUGGGAAGCUUAGCUGUUUGGAUGUUUUGAUAAUUGGGCAGAAUGAUCUCUGUCUUUUACGAUCAUCUGCUGUCUCUUUUCUUGCCUUGCGUGUAUACGUAGCAGUAUGCUGUAAUUGGGUUGUCGGUUGCUGGAUUAUGUUUUUUUUAGUGGAGCUGAUAAGAUAAGUUGGGUCUGUUGAGGAGGUGAAAGAGUUUGUAUGGCUAUUUGGUGAAUUUGGUAGUGGGUUUGUGAAUUGGAUAGUUGGUUUGAUUUGGGCAUGACUCCACUUUCUUUCAAUUGGAGGUGUUGAAAAGGUGAAAAGUUUGAAUGAGUGUGUAGUUGAUUUUGAUCAUAAGUCAUCAACUGGAUGGAUAGUUUUACAUGGGGAAUGAUUGGAUUGUUUUAAGUUUUUGGGCUGAGAAGAUGAGUAGAGGGCAUUGAGUAGGCAAAAAUUUUCAUUAUGGGGCAUGUAAUUCCAGAAUCACAUAGGGUUGCAGUCCAAGCAGUAGAGGCUCUUGGACGAGGGUUUGAUUUCAGUAGUGAUUUCAGGCUUAAAUUUUGCAAGGGCAAAGCAGGAAAUCGUUUGAUUUACAUAGAUGAGAAUCGGAAGCAAGAUAUUGUGAUACCUGGAGGCCCUUUAAUACCUGGUGUUUCGGCUGAUAUAAAGUGUGCCAAGGGAGAAAGAACGAGAUUCAAAUCUGAUGUUUUGGAAUUUAAUCAGAUGUCUGAGCUAUUCAAUCAGAGAUCCUCUUUAGAAGGGAAGAUACCAUCUGGUAGAUUCAAUUCUAUGUAUGCUUUCAGUGGAUCCUGGUUGCAGGAUGCUACAGAGACCAAACAUCUAGCUUUUGAUGGCUACUAUAUUAGUCUAUACAAUCUGCACCUUACAAGAACACCCAUUAUUCUCAGAGAGGAAAUCAAGAGUGCCGUUCCUUCCAGUUGGGAGCCUGAAGCCAUUGCCAGGUUUAUCGAAAAAUUUGGAACACACAUCAUUGUCGGGGUGGAAAUUGGAGGACAGGAUGUGGUGUUUGUAAGGCAAAGUCCUUCCUCCACCAUAACACCUGCUGAACUAAAGAGACACUUGGAAAAACUUGGAGAUCAAUUGUUUUCAGAUGAUUACAGUCUAAUGCCGUUCCAUCCAAAAAGAGAAAACAAAGAGAAGAUUCCAGAAGUUUUCAGGAACAUUUUACAACCUACAAAUCCUAUGCAUCUAGGUAGCUUUUCUUCGGCAUCUAGCAAAGAUGGGUUAACAAUCAUUUCCUCAAAAAGAGGUGGAGUUGUAUCCUUACGCAAUCACUGUGACUGGCUUCAUAGUGUACAGGACCAUCCAGAUGCAAUACUUUUCUCACUAGUUCCAAUUACAUCGCUUUUGCAAGGUGUUACUGGCAGCGGCUUUUUGAGUCAUGCAAUCAACCUAUAUCUUCGCUACAAACCUUCCAUUGAUGAUUUACAGUAUUUCUUGGAGUUUCAAGUUCCUCGGCAAUGGGCUCCAGUUUACAGUGACCUACCACUUGGACCUGCAAGGAAAAGAGUUUCAUAUCCGUCAAUGCGAUUUUCCUUUAUGGGCCCAAAACUUUACGUUAACACAGCUCAGGUUUCUGUUGGUAGAAGACCUAUAAUCGGGUUACGGUUAUAUCUUGAGGGUAAAAAGUGUAACCGGUUGGCCAUCCAUCUCCAGCAUCUCUCUAGUCUUCCUCGGGUUCUUCAACCAUGUUGGGAUGAGAAUGUCUUCCUUGAACCGUCAAGGUGGCAAGGGUCAGAUGAGAAGGAUAUCCAAUAUUUUGUACCCGUCCAAUGGAAGAACUACUCACAUGUAUGCACAGUUCCUAUCAAAUAUGAUCCUGAUUGGGUUCGAGGACAAGGUGGUGUUUUUGUAGUGACUGGUGCACAACUUCAAGUCAGAGGUGGUUGGUCUAAACGUGUCUUACAUCUGAAGCUGUUUUUCACUCGAUUGCCAAAUUACAGCAUUCAGAAGUCUGUUUGGGGUCAGCCACCAGCAGUUUCACAGCGCUCAAGAUUUUUAUCCACACUUAGCUCUACUUUUUCAUUAUCAACACCACCACCAAAGCCGGUCCCAGUUGUGCUAAACUCAGGCGUAUAUCCCAAUGGUCCACCAGUACCUGUGCAGUCUCAGAAGCUCCUAAAAUAUGUAGACACUACUGAAAUCAGCAAGGGACCUCAAGAUACUCCUGGUCAUUGGUUGGUGACUGCAGCUAAACUGGAUAUUGAUAGAGGCAAAAUAUCAUUGCAGGUCAAAUUCUCUCUUCUCAAUUACUGUAACUAGAGGCCAUUUACUUAUUAUGGAAGAUGCUAGGAAGGAUGCUUUCAUUCUGAGCUCACUUCCUACAUUCAUCCAUGCCACAAGUAACGGAAAAUAGCUGUAAAUAAUGCUAUUCAAACGAGCUCUCAAUUCUUUCAUGUAUUACUAGACUGACAACUCCAAAAUAUUUUUUAGGCA